AUGUAUGAACAGAAGCAUGAAAGUGUUGGAAUAGUGAAAUCUGAACCAACUUCUUGGCCUGGUUACAAUGCAAAUUAUGUUCCUGGAAACCAUGCUAAUGAUAUGGAAAUGAUCAACCGAUGGAAAGAAAUGAACUACUAUCUACAGCAGCAACAGAUGCAGCAGCAGCAGCAGCAACAACAACAGUUACAGCAUCAACAGCAUCAACUGUCACAACAUCAUCAACAACAAUAUGGAUAUGAACACAAAAUGAAUACAAUGUAUCAGAAUAAUAUAGAGAAGACAGAAGAUACAAAGAUGAUAAAUUCGCCAGGACAAUGUAGUGUUCCUGAAGCUAACUACGGAUCACCUCAAAGUGCAACAAGCAAUUUUAAAUCACCUACGCACGAGUCUGAUGAAUCGCCAAAUUUAAGGGCACUGCUAAUGAGACCGAAAGAUAAAAGUACAUCACCAUACUUUGGUAAAUGUGAUAAGACGUAUACGGAAGAAAUGCUCCAAAAAAUGAUGUAUAACACAGAAGACUCUAGCCAUUGGGACAAAAACAAAGACAACACUGAAAAGGAAAUUAAUUUGUCGCAAUUUCAUGGUAGAUUUGACAACGCUGAGGAUCAAACGUCAAUCAAGAAAGAUGCAGUGGGUGGGGCGUUAGAAGGCGCACAGUCAUCACAGGACUCUUCGGGACCCUGUCACGAUGUGACGAGGGUCGAUGCAGGCGGGGACAAUGCGGAUUACGUUGAUAACAAAAUGGCGACUGCACAAGAUGUGCAGGCGGUUUAUCCAUGGAUGAAGAGUGUUGGUGGUGAUGACAAAAAGGAAGGCUCAAAAAGGACACGGCAAACCUACACAAGGUUUCAAACAUUAGAACUGGAGAAAGAAUUCCAUUUUAACAAAUAUCUAUCUAGAAGAAGGAGAAUAGAAGUUUCACAUUCAUUAGGACUGACAGAGAGGCAAAUAAAAAUAUGGUUUCAGAACAGAAGAAUGAAAGCUAAGAAAGAUGGGAAACUAGCAACAUCACCAGAACCAUAUAAUGUGGACGAAAUAAGUGCCGCUAAGUUAGGCAUGUCUGAGUACAUGGGUGCAACACAGCGAAUGCCUGGUCUGGGAGAAUAUCCUAACUAUCACAUGAAUCUUCCACAAACGAAUAUACCUCCCCAGAUGACAAGCAGUUUACCACAAAAUUACAUGAUGCAACCUUAUGAAGGGAUCAAGAAUAUGUAA